AUGGCUUUGCUGAGGAGCAUCAAGUCGCCGGCAACGACGAAGACACCUCCCAGUACUGAGAGGGCAAAGGCCAAGGCCAAAAGUGCACCCAAGCCGAAAGCAUCGAGUGCAAAGUCCCGGAAGUCAAAGUCCGAGUCUAAGGGGAAGGCAAAGCCUGACUCUACUGACCAUGUGCCAGGUCAUAGAUCUCUAUCCUUUGCUUCUCCCAAGUCCAAGGGCGGCAUCAGUGCCACCCUCAAGUUGCACGCACUUGUGACCCCACAGUCCAAGACCCAUGGUGUUGUUUCCUACCUGCGAACACCCUCAGGUUCUGGAUCCGACCAAAGCUCCGACGAAGUGGACAAAGACCUGUUCAGGAGCUUUGCCAAAGGGACGUAUCAGAAGAAUGCAAGUCGCAACUUGUACCGGCUCAUUUCCCGCAAAGGCCACACCAUCCCAAUCGACAUCAAAGCAGUGGUGGUGCCUGUCAAAAUUGCCAGCCGGAAGGUGCUUCAGAAGCCUUGGCCGGUUUUGCAGCUUUCGGAUUGGGUCAAGGCAUGCUUUGAGCACUAUGGUGGUAUGUUGAAGAUGUUCCCCAAAGGCCUCGGCAAGGGUUUCGAUGCCUCUUUGCUGGGAAAGUGGCUUGCGGAGUUGCUGCCCACUAUCUCCCCUGACAGUGUCCCAGAGAAUUGCCGAGAUAUCCUGAAGGUCCUGACCUGGGGGAUGUCUUCAGCAAACAAGUUUUUCCACUCGAUAUAUAACGGAAAGCUGUGGCUCAGUGCACCCGAAGCCAGUGAAGCAGUUGUGAAUGGGUGGCAAAUGAUGGAGAGCUACGGGGGUUGUGCCAGACUAAGUGCAAUUAAUGGUUGGAAUCUGUGGUAUUUGCGUCCAAAGGCGCAUAUGAUCUGUCACCUCAUGUGCCAUGCCUGA